CGUUGUUCAGCAGCUGCCUUCAAAUUGGAAAGUCCCUCACAGUUAACAUAGGUUCCGGGCUAGACAACUACGGCCAGCUUUGUCAUUUUAAAUGAGGGACAGUGAUAUUUCCACCGUUUUGUGCCGUCCAUAGAUAUAAAGUUGUGGUUGGUUCUCUAAGCCGUGGUUUUGCUGCUAACCAAGUAUAUGCAACCCUCCGAGUGCUAGCUAGUGUUAGCAGGCUAGCUUUUUGUGUGGCUAGUUGCUAGCUGAGGGAUGUUUUGUUGUUGUUUAACUAGGCAGCCCUCCCGUCGUUUGGGAGAGGAGAUUCAUCAGCUGUGAAUAGAAAAACGCCCUCUCUGCACCUUCCCAUCCACUGGCAUUUUCUGUUAAAGUGAGCUGCUAAUUUCACAUUUAGUAAAGCGACACAUAUACAAGGGAGAGUUUGAUUGAAGAGGGAGGAGAUGGGAAACUGUUUGAAAUCUCCGACUUCGGAUGAUAUUUCUUUGCUGCAUGAAUCGCAAUCGGACCGGGCCAGCUACGGAGACGGUGCUGACCCCGAUCAAGAGCCACCGCCCCCAUAUCAGGAGCAGAUCCAUGUCCCUGUCUACCACCCAACACCCAGCCAGGCCCGACUUGCCACUCAGCUGACGGAAGAGGAGCAGGUCCGCAUCGCCCAACGUAUUGGACUCAUCCAGCACUUGCCAAAAGGCGUGUAUGACCCAGGGCGGGAUGGCUCUGAGAAGAAGAUCAGAGAGUGUGUCAUCUGUAUGAUGGACUUUGUUUAUGGAGAUCCCAUCCGGUUCCUGCCCUGCAUGCACAUCUACCACAUGGACUGUAUAGAUGACUGGCUGAUGAGAUCUUUCACCUGCCCCUCCUGCAUGGAGCCUGUGGACGCUGCACUGCUUUCUUCUUAUGAGACCAACUGACAAGCACUCAUGGACCACACUGGAUGCGCACACAUGUACACACCCACACAGAAUAUACACAAAACGUCCACCUUGGUAACUUGUUCCCUGGAGUAAUAGGAUGAUCACAACAAAGCAGUUAUGAUGAACAAGAUUGCAUCCGUGUGUGUGCUAACAUACAUGCUUGAAUGUGAGGGUGUGUGUGCAAUUUCCUCAGCUGACCUGCUGGACAGGACUGCAUCUGAGAAAGGACUGGUGGGAUGAAGAGUGAUGAUGGUAAGGACGAAUAUAAGGAAGCUGGAGCGACAAAAGAGUUGAAGAGAGAAGCUGAAAGUCUGGGGUUGUGUGGAAGGAACGUGACAGGAAGUCAGUGGGUAUGGGGACAUUUUUGCAAUCUACUAUUAGCUGGUUUACACACAAGUGUACACAGUUCUUUAAAGUAUCCUGAAAUGCGUCAGAAUCAUUUCACCUCCAUCACUGUUUUGUUUUAUUGGACUGCUGAUGACUCAUAACACAAGACAAAGUGGAAAGUGUUUUCUUUCAGGGGAUCUUCCUGUUGCAGAAUCAUAUGUACUUCAAAAACACAGAUACAGAAUUGGUUGUAGAUCAGACCCCAGAUGGAUAUUACUAGACUUAUGUUUCUUCUGACAGAGCACAGGCCUCCUCUUGUCUUCAGCACACAGACCUUGAUUUGUCUCUGUACAGAUCUUUCCUGUGAAAAAUAAGAUUGUUUGAUGGAGUAAUUAGUUGAUUGUCCUGUGGCUUUGUGAAAUCUGUUCCUUGUUCAUUUUGCCAGUCAACAUAAGGGCUCUGUCGAACUAGUGUUUACCAACAACGCAGACAUGACAAAAGGUAAUGCAGUGUGUGUGUGUGUGUGUGUGCGUAUGCUUUACUUACUAUUAUGAUGGCUAGCCGGUUCCUGUUAAGAUUCUGCAUCCUUGAUCAUCAGCCAAAGCACAUGUUGACUAGUCAAAAAAAAAUAAAUGUAUUAGUUAUUUGCACUUCUCAGUCAGACGUCUUACAAGAGGAUCAUGUUCAUUCGAUAAUUAUUUCAUUCUUAUACAUUUACAAUAAAGUUGUAAUGAUUUGUAUUGAAAUUAGGAGUGGGUACCUAACAUAUGACAGGUGUCAUUCAUUAAAAACCUAAAUUAGUUUAAAAUUGUAUGCACUUGUGAAUUUCUAAGGAUAUUUUAAAAUACGGAUUGGGCUAAUUUAUUGUGUUUGCAAAGAAACUGUCAGCUGAGAAAAUAGUAACGUUGCCAGAUGAAGUUUUGACUGUGUUGUCACUUUAAAUGUGUUUAAAGUGCAUUAAUAUCCAUUUUAAGUUGAUUUAUUACCUUAACAUCAAGUGACCUCAAUCUGAACUAUUUCCUUGCCGCAUUUUAUGGUCUCUUUUGCCCAAGUCACCCAAUUAAAUACAAAAGCACAAAGACAUUCAUUGUUCAGUUGUAUUUUCAUAAUUGAGAAUCCCUGCAGGAAAUCCUUUGAGUGCCACGGGCAUGAUACAGAUAAAUGAUAUGCCUUCAAUGACUUGAGUAUGUGUGUGCAUACCUGCAAACAUGUGUGUUUAAAGAUUUUAUGGCAACUGUGUGUUUUGGGAAAGUUGGUCUUUGGACACAUAGGCCGCAGUCAGCACCUUAGAUUUUGCACAGUACGUCAGUGGACUGUAUCUCUCUGUUUUAUUCAGUCCUCCAUCAAGAUGGAGCUUCAUGGCCUUAGGUUACAAAUGAGAGAAGGUUUAGGACCAGCUGCUAAAACACAAAGUCCAGUUAAGUUUAGGAAAAUUAGAAGCAGAGAGGAGCAAGAACUGUUGACAUCACAAAUUCUGUUGCUGAGCUGUGGCUCAUUGUACAUGUCAGGAGGAUUACUGAAGGCCUGUCAAACAUUGUUCUACUUCAUCGCCACCAAACUAAUAAAUAACUUGUCAGUGUAUCAUGGUGUUUGGAUUGUAUCUGUAUUUCAUCACCUACCAUCUCUCUUCCGCUGUUCAGCUGCAAAAAUGCACUGUUGUGCAAUCUGUGACAGUUUAGCAAUUGACACUUUUUGCAAAAAGGGCAAAGUUUUGUUCUCAAUACGAACUCUCAUUAAGGCUGAACAGGGCUGACGGGGCGAGAGGUUGUGUGGAUAUAUAUUUAAAUAUGUUUGUGUGUUAUCUGCUGUAAUUCCUCAAACAGUAAUCUGUCUCUCUAAAAACAAGAGCCCAUACACUUAUUCAGGGACAUUUCAAGAGUGCAUAGUGAGAAAAUGAAAAUGCUCAUAUCCCCGGAAAUGACACAAGCCUUCCUUUUUAUUUUUAACAAUGAUAGAGCUGCAGGAAACGCUCAGUCACAGGACAGAGCGGUUUUUAAAUCUGUCUCAGCGUCAGGAGAGAGGCAUAUUUAUUUAGAAUGACCAAACUCCCAGGAAUGGUGAGAGUUGUUGCUUUUAUCUAAGAAACUGAACAGCUAAGUUUUAUUAUAUGCAAAUGAAGUAUGUGUGCUGAAUGUUGGAUUAUGGAUGCUUGUAUAUUCUUUCCUUGUUUAUAAGCAUACAUAUGCAUAUGCUCUGUACUAAAGAAGAAUAAUAAAUAGAUGUUGCAACA